AUGGAGAUGAAGGAAACGACGAAGACAGAGGAUAAGCCGGAGAUGAAAAUCCGCCGGAAAAUCACGAGUCUCGAUGAUGAUGAGCUUUGGGCUGGAUUUGAAUGGGAGGAAACUGAUAGGAUCAUGAGUGGUGAAAUUAAACCCAAGACCUUGAUUACUGCUUAUGCUAUAAGGAUCAGAGGGCAACUCUGGUUGCACAGGAGAUGCGCUCAGUAUGAAAUCGUUAUCAUAAACUUGCUGAAUGGUGCAUCCGCUUCUUUCAGGGUUUAUGAUCUCAUCGAACGGGCUUCUAUACCGAAUCGUGUAGCUCCUCCGAGCGGACGCUAUCCUCAUCUUCAUGUGAGAGGUUUUGACUCUUUGGCCAGUGUUGGCACAGCCAGAAUGAUACAUUCACUCUUCCCAAAUGUCUCUCAUUCCGGUGGACCUUUCCGAACAAGAAGCAAUGCAUGUUUCUGCUCUGAGGAAGCCCUUGCAGGAGAAAGUUCAAGUUCUCCCACAAAGAUAAAGUUUAAGGAAUGUGGACCUCGAUUCGCACUCGAGUUGUUGGCUGUUAGUAGGGCUUCGCUUGACACCGGGGAAUUCGAUUUGAUUUGCGCUGGUAAAUCACCACUAAACUGA